AAUGACCUAAAAAAAUAUUGAUCAUUAUUCAUUUAAUACAAAGGAUGUAUUAGGAUCAGGAUCCUUUGGAACAGUUUUCAAAGCAAUGGACCUCAAAAAUUGUAAAUAAGUAGCGUUGAAAAUGAUAUCGAAAGAUAAAUUAUUGAGAGAUCAAAAUGCUAAUAAUGGAGUAAUGAGUGAAAUUAAGAUAAUGAAAAAAUUGAACAAUAAAAAUGUUGUAUAAUUAAUUGAUGUCUUAGAAACAUCAAAUAAUUAUUACAUAAUUCAAGAAAUUUGCGAAUCUGGAGAUUUAGCUAAGUCUUUAUUAUUAUAAAAUCAUAUAGAUACUUAAAAUAACAUUCAUUUGUAAAUGAAAAAUUGGCAUUGAAAAUAAUGACUGAAAUUCUAUAAGGCUUUAUAGAGUUGAUAAAAUUUGGAAUCAUUCAUAGAGAUUUAAAACCAGCUAAUAUAUUAAUUCAUUAAAACACAUAUAAAAUUGCUGGUCUUUUAUUUUAUAUAUUUUAGUAGAUUUUGGAUUUGCUAAAAUUGUAGAUAAUUUUGCAUAACAAUUAUUUUAUUCUUAAGUAGGUACACCAUUAUAUAUGAGUCCAUAAAUUUUAAAGAAUGAAAAAUAUUCGACAAAAUGUGAUGUUUGGUCAUUUGGUUUCUUAUUUUAUGAAAUCCUUUAUGGAAGAAGUAUUUGUCAUAUAUAAUAAUUAUAGCCCCAUGGGUUGCAUCUUCUAUUCCUUAAUUAGUAAAAAAUAUAAAUACAUAACCAUUAAAAUUUUAUGAUCAAAUUAAUUAAGUUUCAGAUAAUGUCAAAGAUUUAAUUUCUAAAUGUUUAGUUAUCUAAGAGAGUAAAUAUAUAAGUAUAUUUAAUAUAAUAGAUGAUCGAUAUAGUUGGUAUGACAUAUUUGGUCAUCCUUUAUUUAGUGCUUAAUUUUAAUAAACCCCAAAUUUAUAAUAAAUUUGUGAAGUAUAUUCUCAUUUCUAUUAAAUAAUAGUAAAAGGAACUUUAUAUUGCAAAUAGUUUAAGAGAAAUGUUGGGUGCUAAAUAAAUUAGUAUUAAUUAAAUUUUUGAAGAAUUAUCUUAAAAUUAAGAUGGCAUAAUUCUACAAGAUAUUUUGAAAGAAUUAUUAAAAGCAAUUGAUACUGAAUUAGAAGACUUUGAAAUUUAAUUCAUAUUUAAUAGCAUUGAUGAAGAUUAAAACGGUUAGAUUACAUGUCAGGAAUUCUAUAAUUGGAUGAUAAAACAUGAUGUUAUGCAUAAAUUGAAUUAUUCUAGAUUAUAAAUGAUUUAUAAGUCAGAAGAGCAUCAAAUACCAUCAACGGUCCAUAACAGAUCCAAUAAUAACAAUGUUAAAAUAAGAAAGACAUUAAAACUAUUAUUUAUAAUUUGAUAUCAGCCAUACAAUAAGAGAAUGAAAAUCUGGUAGAAUUAUUUUACAAAUUUGUAAAGAGUUCAGAAAAUAUGAGUUAACAUGAUUUUGCAGAAUUGUUACUGUAUUUAUCUUAUAUUAUAUAAAUAAGUUAUUAUGAUGACAGUUUAUGUGAAGAUGAAAUACUUUCAACCUUUUCUGUGUUUGAUCUUGAUGAAAAAAAUGAAAUCACAUUAUAGUAAUUCAAAUAUAUUCUUGAAUAAGAUAUAGAUGAUUAUUGA